GUCGCUGUAGUUUUAACACCGGGUAACAAAAUCUCACAGAAAACCGCGUGGUUUCCAAAUCCCGUUCCUCUUUCGAACAGCCUCCCAAGAUGCCUACCAAGAAGUCCAAGACCAGAAAGCUCCGUGGACAUGUGAGCCACGGACACGGUCGCGUUGGCAAGCACAGAAAGCAUCCUGGAGGUCGUGGUAAUGCUGGUGGCAUGCAUCACCACAGGAUCAACUUUGAUAAAUACCACCCUGGGUACUUCGGCAAGGUGGGCAUGAGACAUUACCAUCUGAAGAGGAACACCAAGUACUGCCCCACCAUCAACCUGGACAUGCUGUGGACGCUGGUGAGCGAGCAGACCCGGCUCAACUACAGCAAGAAGCCCGACGGCCCCGCGCCCAUCAUCGACGCUGUGCGCGCUGGCUACUAUAAAGUUUUGGGCAAAGGCAAGCUGCCCAAACAACCCGUCAUUGUCAAGGCCAAGUUCUUCAGCCGACGGGCCGAGGAGAAGAUCAAGUCUGUGGGUGGAGCCUGUGUGCUGAUGGCAUAAAUCUGUACUUUUGGAAAAAAUAAACUGUACAAAUACA